CGUGUCUGAAUGUGCAUUUGCUCAAUGCAGUGAUGCUGUUGUGGUUCAUAUGCAGGGAAGCAGCCAGCGAGAGCAGUCAGGAAGGCAGCGUGCUGCACAGAUGAGAAGAAUGCACUGGAACCCUGCAAUGAAUUAAGAAAGUCUGCAUUGACAAGAUGGAGGCAUAAACUCCACCCCACCCGCCAUGCCAUCAACUAAAAUGGCCAAUCAGUAUUAGACCAAGCUUAUCCGUUUCACAAGCUAAAAAGGGGGAAAAACUACCAUGGUAACAUUAAUAACCGAGAAGCUUCAAAACCAGAGCUUGGAUGAUCUGUCAUGCAAAACCUACAACCUUAAUCUGCACCCAUCUGUGAAACUGAACAAAAGUGCCUGCUUGUUCCCUUACGAAAUCAAUGAAGACAGCCCUUGGAAAGUCCUCAACGGGACGUAUCCAAUCAGGAAUGAGGUGAACAAGAAUUCCAUCUUUUCCUUCUCCACGUGCCCCUACAGUGCAGGCACAUCGGGCAGCUACAGUCUGCAGUGGCAAAAUGAGUCCUCCAGUGCAUCCAAGGUAUCUGGGUGGAUAAGUGAACUGACUCUAAAUGACAGCUUUGGGCAGCCCCUGGCACCCCCUACAAAAAGACACUGCAGGUCAUUGUCUGAGCCAGAUGAACUGUCCCGCUGUAGGUCACCCUGGAAACCUGGCAAUUCCAAAGUUUGGACUCCGGUAUCAAAAAGGCGAUGCAACAGUGGCGGCAGCACCACUCUGCAGCGAUGCAACAGUCACGGUGGUGGCAACCUUCAGAGAAGCACAAGCAUCAGCCUGCCCCAAAACCCACUCACAGUCAAACACAUCUUUGCAGCCUCCAACUGCGACACGUCUCCAGUCCAGAGGCCAUCAUCCGCCAGCAGUGGCUUCGUAGAUAGUAACGAAGGAAGCGCCGCUUCAAACGUCCGCUGGAACUCUGCGGGGCCCAGCGAAUUCAAUCCGAGGAGACGCUUCUCCCUCUCUCAGGAGCACAUUACGGAAAAUGCAGAUCUCUCGCCUUCAGCCAAUAGCACACCCACCUCAACUCCAGAGCUCCGGCGGCGCCAGGGCUUGCUGAGAUGCCGCUCCCAGCCAUGUGUCCUCAACGAGAGGAAAACGAGGCUAAAACGCAGGCGUGACGAAGAUGUCCGAUGGACUCGGCCUUCAUUAGAUUUUUUUAAAAUGACACGGACUUUAAAAAAUUCUAAAAGCCUUUGCUCUCUUGAUUAUGAAGAGGACGAGGAUCCUCACAUGAAGACUAUUGUCUCCUCUCCGUGUGAUUCUGACGACCUCAUGAGUAGCAUCACUCCUGGUUCCAGCCCUGCAAAGGAGUCAUUUGCGGAUGCUGGCAGUCAGGGGCCCUUCCGCGCCGCCCACACAAGGGAACCGCCAUUGAGCGAAAGCGAAGAGGACACCAGUGACUGCGAGAGCUCAGAAGGAAGUAGUUUUCCCACAGACUGCGGCGACUUGGAUCUGGAGCAGAUUGAAAACAAUUAAGUCCCAAAGCUUCCGUUGGGUGCCUGUGUCUGGGCAAGCGCUAAUGGUGGCGUCUAUGCAGCGUCAUGCAUGAUCCGUCACGGAGUUUCUGUGCCUGCCUUUGGUAUCUCUUAUUUUUAUUUUAUUUUUUUGGAAAGCUCAGUCGGAGCAGUUGACAAUGUGGAACAUUUUCAUCUAUUUAGUUUGUUAUUCAUUAAAUGGACAAGAUAGAGUUUGGAUAUGACUGAGCAUUAAAGCUUAUUUUCCACCUGGGCAGUGUUCGCUUAGUGCCUAAGUAUGUGGGACCUUGCUUGCAAAGUCCGCAGAAAUAUACCUUCUUACAAAUAUGGCUUAUCUUCCCAUGUCAUUUCCUUUUAUCCAUGAGUGAAGCGUGAGGGUGGAGCUUAUAGUGUGCCCAGAUGCAUCGCCUUUGUAUAUGCAUUUCUACCUAAUGAGUGGGAGCUGCUAUUUUUAUUACCUCCUCAGGUGCCUGAUCUGUAGACUUGAGUUAAAUGUUUCGACCUUUAGGAUUAAUAUUACAGGUAACUGCAACAUGAAAUGCACAAAUUGGAAGCUAUGCCAUAGGCUCCCAGACUGUGGGGCCGACUCAUGGGGUUUCAAAGCAUGUGAUGGGGGCAGUCUGUAGGCCAUCAAUUAAAUCUGAAAUAUGUGCCUCUAUACAAAUAUACGAAUAUUCCCAGUCCAGUAAAAAAAAUUUAGGUGAAUUUUGGGGGUGAAUGGUUAUUUUCUGCCCUGGAAUUUCUUGGACUUAGCGUAGUAAUUGGUAGUAAGCUAAGGAGGGCCUUGGACAUAUUAAGGAGGGUUUAAGCUAAAAACACAGGUUUAUGCACUGAUAGGACUAAACUUUUACAUCUUCUGAUAUAUUGGUUACAGUACUGAAAGCCAACAUCUGAUUGGUUCCUGUGUAUAUUACUUAGAGAAAACCCAAUAACCCGGGCCUCUUGUUGACUUUAUACCCCAUAUAUUUAGCACAGGUUAGUAGAUGGCUACUGUAGGAGCUCUUUGGGAAUAUGAGCUUUCUCAAAGUUCACCACAAUUGGCUUCACUACACUAAGCAUUGCAGGGCAGUGAUUGCUAACCGGAUGCCCCGCUCUCACUAUAGGCUAACAGUGUAGCAGGGGAACUUUUGUCUGCAGUAUUUUAUGUAGAAUGUCUAAGUUGCAGAAUGCUCUUCAGGGCAUUUCAAGAUGUUCUUCUAGGGCUUUAGCACUGUGUUAAGUGGCCUCUUUAAAAGGAUGAUCCAUGGCAACCUGACCAUGUAGCACCAUGACCAUGUUCACUCCCUAGAUAGAUAUUUGCACUAUGCUUUAGACAGCAUCGACUGCCCUUAGAUGGUGGUGCCUUUCCCUCAUUGUAAGGUCCCCAUGAACUGUUCUUGACUCCUCUAGCUAAAAUGCUACUCUUUUGCAGUCUUUGAUAUAGCUUCCUUUAGCCAUAGUAACCAAAAUUUUGGGCAGCUGGGUCUGCCUGACCUUUUUAUGCAUACAACCCUAAGCAUGAUGGGAUGUUUAGCUACUCAGGAGCCACACCUAUCUAGAAGUACCUAGACUUUGUAUUCUUUGCUCAAGUGUUUCCUUCUCUCUAUGGAGAGCGUCUGCCAGUUCCUCCUCCCUUUGUAUAAAUGCACAUACCGAGAGCCGGAAUGUCCUGGGACACAAUAAGCUGCACCUUCUCUUCAUGAUCGUUAAUGGGAGAUAAAGCCUACUUAUAACUGGAGUAUAUUUCCCCUUUAAGUUGAAGAGUAUGUACUCAGUUUGCCGUUGGAUGAAAAGUAAGCUCUUCUGCUCGCAGAUCGUCGGAGGACUAUUACGGCCUCACUUUUGAGGGGGCAAGUCGUAUGCUGAGUACAAGUUUAGUUUUGUAAACAUCUCCCAUACUUGGCUUCGUAUAAAAAAACGAAAAAAUUAAAUAUAUGAAAAAAAAAAAAAUCUUGAUAAAUUGUCAGGUGGAUUUAUAAUAAUAAAUUUCUAACAGAUUUCUUCUUCCACUUCUCUGGCUUUUUCUAGUUCUGGAAGAAUUCAGCAUCUCUAUUUUGAAAGGAAUUUUUCAGCAGGGCAUUCUGUAAAAACGUCUGUCUGCCGCGAUUCUGGCGCAGGAAAUGCGUAUUUUUUUUUGGGGGGGGGGGGAGGUUUUUUUAUUCAAGAGUUUAAAGAAAAGAAAACCUAUUUCAAUACACAGAUGGUAUUUCUGGUCCAAUAAUAACUGCUCCCCUAUAUAUGUUUUUGUCAUAGCGAGUGGUUAUCAAACUUGAGGACAUGUACAAAUGUGCUAUUUUUUCAUAGAUUUCAAUUUUGAUCAAAAAUGUUCUAGCAGCCGUCGAAAAAGCUAAGGAGAAAGAGAGAGAGUCCGUGAUUUUACUACUUGAAUAUUUUUCUAUCCUGAACAAAGCAGUUGUCAUUUACAUUGUGAGCAUUGCGAGUGCGAUUAGGCACCGACGUAGGUCAUUAUUUUCCUUUUUUUUUUUUUUUUUUCUUGCUCCUGUUGUUCAGAAUGUAUCAGAGCACUUGAACUUUACACAGGGACGUUGUCUUGUAACAAUCGAUUCCACGGGAGGUGAUUCCUUCAGCAAUACGUAGGAUUAUUUCUCCUUGAAAUAAAUCAAAUUGCUUUGCAUAAAA